AUGGUCUUGGCCUCCAGAUCAGCUACAGUGCUCUCUGCAUUGCGACAGCUCGGCUCCGGCCCUGCUGUCGCCUCGAGCUCCCGAAGCGUUGCCGUAGCCUUGUCAACAUCUUCAACAUCUUACGCUGCGCCCAACAUAGAACAAGCCAAAGCCCGCAAAGGUCCCUUCACAUCAGCAGCCGAAGCAUCACCAGCGUCCACCGAAAGAAACGCCAUUGGACGAGGACGCAAGUCUGCAGGUCGCGGUCGACCUAAGAUGCUUGCACCUUUCGACGAAUGGAUCCAUUCCGACGCUCGUGUCUACAAGCAUCCCAAGCCUGGUAUGGGUCCAAACUGGAUCGGUGAUACUCCUUUCCCUCUCAACCCUUCUUUCAACCCACCACCGCCCGUUCGACAAGGCACCAAGGCCGAGAUUUGGCGUCUACACACCAGCAAUCCUGCCCAGUGGACCAUCCGUGCACUCUCUGAAAAGUUCUCCAUCGGUCUACAGCGGAUGGAGGCUAUUUUGCGGUUGCAGGCGCUCGAAUCCGAGUGGACAUCACAGGCAAAGCCAUUGCAAAGCGAUUUCCAAUCCAACAUGGACCGCCUUCUCGGAGCACAAGACCGAACACGUGCACCUGAAUCCGAACCUUCGGUUAAAUCCACCGACAAAUCUGUCCGCGGUAUACAGCACGAAGAGUUGUCCGAAUCCGCACCACUCAAUGCACCAUCCACCAUCGCACCAGCUUUGGCAGAAGAGGCUCUCAAGCGAUCUAGCAUGAUCGCCGCUCUUCCGAGUGGUGGACCUGAUGUCGAUGCAAAGAGCACGAGAAAGCUUGUUUCGAUGAAGAGGACGCCGUUGGCCAUUACGAAUGUUUCCGGUGUUUCGUACAAGGGUGCUGGACGCGUAGCGCGUAAUGUGAGAAGGGCGGAGAAGAGGAAAGGUCCUCAAGCUGCCAAGAAUGCCAAGGAUGCUCCGUCUAAGACUGCUGCCAAGGGUGUCAAGGCCAAGACUGCAGGAAAGAAGUAA